UCCAACCGGGAUAGGCCCACUCCUCCCACCUCCAACUCUCCUCCCCCUCCAGUGCCCAACUCUGGCUUCCUCAUCUCUCGUUUUAAUAGUUCCACUUCUUCUCCUAGCUGCCCCAAAUCCUUCCCUUCCUGCUCAUCUGGGCAGGGAGGAUGGGCGCCAGCCCCUGCCAUGGCUGCACCGUUCAAUUCCCAUGAGGGGUUGGUGCCGGAAAUUAGAGAGGAGACGGAGGAGAGAAUCAGGGCAACUCAGACAACCCAGACAGAGAAAGCUACUCUCUGCCGCCAAACCAUGACCGCCACCACAUUCCGAGUUCGUCCAGCCCAGCCUCAGGACUGCCCUGAGAUCCUGAGGCUGAUCAAAGUGAGCUGCCCUAGAACAGGAGGUUGGGGGAUGGGCAAACAGGUGCCAGGAGGUGGGCAAAAGGUGGUGGAAGCUCCACAGGAAUUAGCUGCUUAUGGAAACAGCCCUGAUGCUGUGAAGUUAACUCUUUUAGAUUUACUUAAAGAUGGCUUUGGGGACCACCCUUUUUAUUACUGCCUUAUUGCAGAAGUACCAGAUGAUGCAGAGCUGACAGGCACUCUGACAGUAGGUUUUGCAAUGUACUAUUUCACCUAUGAUCCAUGGAUUGGCAAGUUACUGUACCUGGAAGACUUCUAUGUCAUGGAACCUUUUCGAGGUUUAGGUAUUGGGUCCGAAAUUUUGAAGAAACUAAGCCAGAUAGCAAUUACGAACCGCUGCAGCUGCAUGAACUUCCUUGUAGUCAUAUGGAACCAGACAUCUACAGAAUACUACACCAGGCGGGGGGCCCUGGACUUAACCACUAGGGAAGGUUGGCAUCUGUUCCGGUUUGAAAGAAAAGAGCUCUUAAAAAUGGCUAAUGAAGACUGAAAGUGCUUCCAAACUGUCAUUCCAAGUUCUAAACUGUCACCUUGUUGACUUAGGUGUACUAGGUACAGCAUAUCCCCGGCCUCUAGUUUGAGACUUUACAUAGACCCCCUGCUUAAACAGUUGGUGAAACACAGUAAACUUUUGGUUAUCUUCAUCUAACAA